CGUAAGGGACAAAUCUAACGCUCUAAUCCGAUACUUACAUGCCCUGAUCAGCAAACUGUUUCAGAGGUUGGAGAUCAGUGACCUAGCAUUCUUCUGUCAGAAGAUAAUAAUAAUUCCGCCAGGUUGAAGAUGGUGCACCAAGUAAGUGAGGUCAAUGUUUCGACCUCGAAUUUGAGUGCUGAAGAUAAUGUUGCUGCUGAAACCACUUUAGUGGGAGCUGAAUUGUCCAAUCAUCCAGUGGGGAUGGAUGUAAUGCCAACUGAGAUUGUUCCUCAAAGUGAGCAUAAGGUGGAGAAUACGUUGGAUGAACUAGAAAGUGAGAGCAAAGAUGAAGAGAACGUGAAUGAAGAAGUGGGAAAGGGUGAAGAGCUUUAUGAUGAUGAGGAUGAGGAGGACGAUGAUGUUGAUUAUGAUUAUGAUGAUAAUGAUGAUGAUUAUUUGAUGGAGGAAGGAAGUGAGAUAGAAAAUAAAGAAAAUGACAUAUGUGAAGUUAAAGAUAACAACAAGAGUACAACUGGUGAAGAAAGUGAGAAUAAAGAAAAAGAGUGCUGUAGCUUGGACCCAAAGAUGAAGAAGGUCGGGAACAAGAAUGGAAGGAAUAAGGUGGUAAAUGGGGAAUUGGGUAAAUUGACUUCUAAACGUGAAGCUAAGUUUGAAGGAGGUGAACACAAUGUUCCAAUUGUGAGAGAAGACGGAAAGAGUGCAAAAGCAGAGAUUGAAGAGAAAGGUGAAGGAAGUGCAAAUAAGAAGGGUAAGAAAUCGAGGAAAAGGAAUAGAAGGAAGGUUAAAGAAGGGAACGCCGAGAAAGUGGCCUCUAAAUCCAAGGAUAAGCUCAAACCAUCAGGCAAGAAAAAGACUUUGAAGAAGGCUGCGAGCAUGGGAAUGAUAUUCAUGUGCAGCUCUAAGACAAAAAGGGACUGUUAUCGAUAUAAGGUUCUUGGUCUACCUGCUAAUAAACGAGAUAUAGUAGAAAAAGUAUAUAAAGGGAUGAGGCUUUUUUUGUAUGAUGUUGAUCUAAAAUUGAUGUAUGGGAUCUAUAAAGCUGCAGGACCUGGGGGCUAUAACAUUGAACCAAAGGCAUUCAAGUCCCAGUUUCCAUCUCAGGUUCGCUUUAUUGUUAUGGAGGAUUGCAUACCAUUGGCAGAGGACAAGUUUAAGAAGGUUAUUAAAGAAAAUUAUUUCACAAGGACCAAGUUUGACUGCCAGUUGAAAUCUGAGCAGGUGAGGAAAUUGUGCAAGCUUUUUGUUGCUGUGAGCAAACGCCCCAGGUCCAAAGGUUUGGAUAGGGGUUUCAAGGAGAGGACUUAUGCAUCGAUAGGUCGGGAUAGGCUUAGAGUUCUAGACAUAGAUGAAGAGAGGCGCUCUGCCUUAGAUGAGAAGCGUCAAUACCCUGGUAUUCGUCAAAGGGAAGUAAUUGCAUCUCCGCUGGACCCAGUGCACCGAUUUGCUCCUUUACUUCCGCCAGCCGCUGCUCCAUUAUAUGCCUAUGACAGGACUACUGAAAGAGAUGCUUACAGGCAGAACCUGUUGUCAGAGCAUCGUGAUUCCUACAGACGACGACCGCUGGAGUGCCGGGAUGCUUACAGGUGGGAGCCUUAUGGACAACCACUCUUGGAUUCUCGUGAUUCUUACAGGCGGGAGCGUUCCAGACAAUCACCACUGCAGUCUCCGGAUGUUUACAGGCAGGACACUCUUUUGGAUCAUCGUGAGAAUCAUGGGUGGGAUGGGGUAGUGGAGCAUCUUAACGCGAGGCCAUUAAAGCUGGAAGCAAGGCAUCGUGAUGACAUUGCCAUGGAUGAUCCUUACAUCUUGUACAGAGAACGUCAAUCGUACCGUGAUCCUGUUUACAUUCAAAAUUUGUCGCCAGAACGUGAUUGUUACCUUCCUGUUGGCCGACGAUACAAGUACCGAUCUAGAGAAGACCCAUUAACGGAAUACCGCUCGACACGAUCCUUUACUCGAGCCCGGUAUAGAUACUAGAAAGUGACAGCAGUGGAGCUCUCUCCGGAUGCAAUGCUGUUUCGAGUCGGAAUCAGUUAGUUGGAAGGCACGAUGUUUUAUACUAUCAUUCUUGUGGGAGAAACUGAUUUCCAGAGACCCAACUUAGCUGCUCUACCUGUAAUUUUAGUAUGCAAGUUUUUAAUAUGCCAAAUAAAUUUCUGUAAUUUUAAUAUACAAGUUUGUAAUAUGCCAAAUAAAUUUCUGUAAAAGUGCAAAUUUAGCUGCUGUAUCUCUCCGCCAUUUUUAAGUUUGCAGUACCAACUGGUUGCCUAUGCUUUGAACAUUGCUGGUGGUGGCGGCCUUGCAGAAAUGAGUAAUACAAUUUAUCUAUGCUUUU